GUCUGGCGGUCACUUGCUUUGAACAUUAGCUCGCUUUCAGCUUCGGCCUCGAUUAGAAUGAGUUGAUUUUGUGAGAUCAACAAAAGAAGCGACCGUGGGCGUAUUGGCGUCCUUCGGAGCAUCUCCGCGACCCCUUUGAGGACCCGCUAAGGAAGCGCUGCGUUCUCCAUGAUAUUCUGUUACCGUAUUUUAUUGCCAUUUCUUUGGGACACGGAUUCUUCAAAGGUGCUUUCUUUUGAUUCCAAAAGUCUGAUUCUUUCUGCGCCUAUUUCAUUCAUUUUCUGGAUCGGCUGCGGUUUUCUUUAAUUCCUUUCACGUUUCCCCUCUGUGUGUAAGAAGACUGUCCCUGUUAAACUUUACGCGGACUAUUCUGAAAUGUAAUUCUAAGUGGGGAUUAGCUCGUCAUUAAUAUUCAUGAGAUCUGUGUAUAAUAAAAAAUGAAAAUAAAUAAAAUGUACGCUUUAAACCUUCCAUAUUUUUCAUCCCAGCUCUGUUUUUUGGGCUUGAUAAGUGACAAAGCGUCCCCCCUUCACACAACGUUCGCAAAAGAUAACGUGUAUUUACAAUAGCGAGUUAUCUACCAAAAUAAUCCGUUUAUAAAUUUGAUAAUCGUUUGUAAAUUGCCUACUAAGUCCGACAGCCAAAAAGACAAGUACAAGUUUCUUAAAGCAGAAAGUAAACCGAUGUCAUUAACCUGCUUAAAUGAGUCAUUGGGCAAUUCAGUUUUGCAUCAAAUUACCAGUUUGAGUGUAUUUUGCGGGUAAUUAAAAGUAAACCACAAUUUGGUUUAAUAUGCAUGGAGCAUUUUCAGAGAGUGACACUUGGAAAUCUGCCUCCUGUCUUUUCAUUGUUAAAAAAGUGUUCAAAAGCAAAACACGCGGAAAUUGCGCAUGUUUUAUCAGUUCUAAACUCAUCGAUUCUUUUAAAGGAACGAAAAAACACAUUUUAAAAUGUAAAUGCAUACUGCAAUUUGUGUUAGUAAAAUUCAACUUCCUUUAUACCUGUGCUGCUUAACAACAUAGAGAGAGAAUAAAAACAAACGAAUAUUGCUCACUCGUAGGACUUUGUCGUGUAUUUCAACUUCCCGUUUUAUUUAUUUAUUUAACUACAUAUUUUUUUUCCUGAGACUGUCGGGCAAGUUUGUUGUCCUCGGUUUUAAUGGGAGGGGAUUUUAAGUCUCUCUGUUCCGUAAGUGGUUCUCCCUCCAGUCCGUCACGGAGGGAGCACACGUCGAUUGGUUACGGUGGGCGGAUCCGCAGGUGUGUUACGCUCUUAGAGGGAUUGGGUUGAGAGAAGGUGAUCAAUCUCCAUCUGUCUACAUUAGCAAUCAUCUAAACACUGCAAGACACUGAAGAGCAGCCAAAGCAUUGAUUUCCGAACUGCUUCCAUCGGUGGAUAUUUUCAUUCAUAUACGUCUUGAUUAGACUGAAAGCUGAGAAAUUGAUGAAAAGAGACGCAGGAUUUAAAAAAAAGCGAAUUGUCUCGAAGCUUACUUCGUCGAAAUAAUACAUCUGUGGAAAUCGGACUACUGGAUAGACCUGGGGGGGCCCGUGACAGCCUCUAGCAUGAUGUCAUAUCUCAAACAGCCCCCGUACGGCAUGAACGGGUUGGGGCUGAGCGGAGCUGCUAUGGACUUGCUUCACCCUUCGGUCGGAUAUCCAGCCACUCCACGGAAACAGCGACGUGAGCGAACUACAUUCACUCGCUCGCAACUGGAUGUCUUAGAAGCGCUCUUUGCCAAGACGCGCUACCCGGAUAUUUUCAUGAGAGAGGAGGUCGCCUUGAAAAUUAAUUUGCCGGAAUCCAGAGUUCAGGUGUGGUUCAAGAACCGGCGAGCCAAGUGCCGGCAGCAGCAGCAGCAGCAGAGCGGCGGCUCCGGCUCCGGCUCCAAGACCCGGCCCGUCAAGAAGAAAUUGUCGCCCACGCGUGAGAGCACGGGUUCGGAGAGCAGCGGCCAGUUCAGCCCUCCUGCCGUGUCCAGCGCCGGUUCCGCGUCUUCCUCCUCUUCGUCCAGUUCCACCUCCACCAGCCACAAUGGAGGCCUCUGUGGCCCCUCCACCUCAGUCAGCACCCCGAUCUCCUCCAUCUGGAGUCCGGCCUCCAUUACCCCCGGCUCGACUGCCCCGUCUGUGUCUGUCACCGAUCCCGUAACCCCGGUCAAUGCUUCCUGCAUGCAGCGCUCCGUGCCGGCAUCAGCUGGAUCUUCCUACCCCAUGUCGUAUAACCAAACUGGGGCCUAUGGCCAGGGCUACCCCAACCCAUCAGGCUCCUACUUCGGGGGAGUGGACUGUGGCUCGUACCUGGCUCCUAUGCACGCUCACCAUCAUCCCCACCAGCUCAGUCCCAUGGCGGCCUCCCCUAUGCCGGGUCAUCCACACCAUCACAUCAGCCAGUCCUCAGGACACAGCCACCAUCACCACCACCACCAGGCCUACAGCGGGGCCGGCCUGGCCUUCAACUCCACAGACUGCCUGGAUUACAAAGACCAAACAGCAUCUUCCUGGAAACUCAACUUCAACACAGCGGACUGCUUGGACUACAAAGACCAGACCUCCUGGAGGUUUCAAGUGUUGUGAUUUCUGAUCCAUUGUCCUCUAAAAUAUUUUUUUUCCCCAAGUAUGACCCUUAAGUUUGAUAUGCUUUAGACAUUCACACACUUUUGCAUUUUAAGCAUUUAAAUUAAAAGAAAUACAAACUUAUUAGUAAAGAAUCACUUUAUAUGCCCGUGGGGGGUGGGGCACACUGAGUACUUUUCCAAACGCCUUUCUUCAACCAGACCUCGACAGCUUAAUUUUUAUUUUUACCUCUUUUGGUCUGCACCACCACCAGACCGCUAAGAAUUUAUUCUUUGAUUCCAAUCAAGUGUUGUACAGAUUUUUUUAGGAUGGAGAAGAUAUUUUAGUCAGCUGCGCAAUGCAGCUGAAAUGUGUAGAUAUGUAUUUAGGUCAGUUGGAUUGACCAAGUUUUGGUGGCAGAACUGUACCUGAAAUUAAGAAGAUUUUAACCGCACAAAUAAAUAUGAACGCAUCCGGUUUGACAAAAUAUGAAUCGAAAAUUCGUCAGUUCAAUGUCGGAUUCGGCACUGACGACUUCCGUCCGCAUUAAUCUGUGACUUAAAAUGCUCGAAAGCUAUGAUUAUCCCAGGAGCGUCCGUUCAAGUCGCACAUCGCUCUGACCCUUGGAAAAAAUGCAGCAUCAAGUUAAAUCCGGAUAUGGUCGACGGUGGGUUUGGAGAGACGUUUGUAGUCGCAGCACUUGAACUUCCCGUUUCGCCUGGACUGACUCUAAGGGAAUAUCGACUGGACACGUUUCAAAUAUGACCGUAAAUUUGAAUGUAUUUAAGGCAAACGCCCGUAUAUUCGUGUCCAUACAAAUAAAAAUCAAUUUAACGUACUUU